GAGAGGCCAGAGGAAAUUCAAGAGCUUCCUGAGGAAGUCCGAAUGGUUGAAACAGUUACAGAAGACGGCAAGCCAAAGAAGAAGAAGAUCCGUACUCGCGUUAUCAAGAAGGUCAAGGGCGACAAACAAGAAGUCACGAAGAUCGAAACCGUCGAGGAAGAUGACAAGCAACCCGAAACCACUGUAACAGUUGAAGAACUUCCAUUUGAAGAAGAAAAUCCAGAGGAAAUUCAAGAGCUUCCAGAGGAGGUUCGAGUGGUUGAAACCAUUACCGAAGACGGAAAGCCAAAGAAGAAGAAGAUCCGCACUCGCGUUAUCAAGAAGAUCAAGGGCGACAAGCAAGAAGUCACGAAGAUCGAAACCGUCGAGGAAGAUGACAAGCAACCCGAAACCACUGUUACUGUUGAAGAACUUCCGUUUGAAGAAGAGAAGCCAGAGGAAAUUCAAGAGCUUCCUGAGGAAGUCCGAGUGGUUGAAACAGUUACAGAAGACGGCAAGCCAAAGAAGAAGAAGAUCCGUACUCGCGUUAUCAAGAAGGUCAAGGGCGACAAACAAGAAGUCACGAAGAUCGAAACCGUCGAGGAAGAUGACAAGCAACCCGAAACCACUGUUACAGUUGAAGAACUUCCGUUUGAAGAAGAGAGGCCAGAGGAAAUUCAAGAGCUUCCAGAGGAGGUUCGAGUGGUUGAAACCCUUACUGAAGACGGCAAGCCAAAGAAGAAGAAGAUCCGUACUCGCGUUAUCAAGAAGGUCAAGGGCGACAAACAAGAAGUCACGAAGAUCGAAACCGUCGAGGAAGAUGACAAGCAACCCGAAACCACUGUUACAGUUGAAGAACUUCCGUUUGAAGAAGAGAAGCCAGAUGAAAUUCAUGAGCUUCCCGAGGAGGUCCGAGUAAUUGAAACAGUUACCGAAGACGGCAAGCCAAAGAAGAAGAAGAUCCGCACUCGCGUUAUCAAGAAGGUCAAGGGCGACAAACAAGAAGUCACGAAGAUCGAAACCGUCGAGGAAGAUGACAAGCAACCCGAAACCACUGUUACAGUUGAGGAACUUCCGUUUGAAGAAGAAAAACCAGAGGAAAUUCAAGAGCUCCCAGAGGAGGUUCGAGUUGUUGAAACCAUUACCGAAGACGGCAAGCCAAAGAAGAAGAAGAUCCGCACUCGCGUUAUCAAGAAGGUCAAGGGCGACAAACAAGAAGUCACGAAAAUCGAAACGGUCGAGGAAGAUGACAAGCAACCCGAAACCACUGUAACAGUUGAAGAAUUUCCAUUUGAAGAAGAAAAGCCAGAGGAAAUUCAAGAGCUUCCAGAGGAUGUUCAAACUGUUGAAACCAUUACCGAAGACGGCAAGCCAAAGAAGAAGAAGAUCCGCACUCGCGUUAUUAAGAAGGUCAAGGGCAACAAACAAGAAGUCACGAAGAUCGAAACUGUCGAGGAAGAUGACAAGCAACCCGAAACCACUGUAACAGUUGAAGAACUUCCGUUUGAAGAAGAGAAGCCAGAGGAAAUUCAAGAGCUUCCAGAAGAGGUUCGCGUCGUUGAAACCGUAACCGAAGACGGCAAGCCAAAGAAGAAGAAGAUCCGCACUCGCGUUAUCAAGAAGGUCAAGGGCGACAAACAAGAAGUCACGAAAAUCGAAACGGUCGAGGAAGAUGACAAGCAACCCGAAACCACUGUUACAGUUGAAGAACUUCCGUUUGAAGAACAGAAGCCAGAGGAAAUUCAAGAGCUUCCAGAGGAGGUUCGAGUGGUUGAAACCAUUACCAAAGACGGCAAGCCAAAGAAGAAGAAGAUUCGCACUCGCGUUAUCAAGAAGGUCAAGGGCGACAAGCAAGAAGUCACGAAGAUCGAAACCGUCGAGGAAGAUGACAAGCAACCCGAAACCACGGUAACAGUUGAAGAAGUACCGUUUGAGAAAGAAACGCCGGAAGAAAUUCAAGAGCUUCCAGAGGAGGUUCAAGUGGUUGAAACCGUAACCGAAGACGGCAAGCCAAAGAAGAAGAAGAUCCGUACUCGCGUUAUCAAGAAGGUCAAGGGCGACAAACAAGAAGUCACGAAGAUCGAAACUGUCGAGGAAGAUGACAAGCAACCCGAAACCACUGUUACAGUUGAAGAACUUCCGUUUGAAGAAGAGAAGCCAGAGGAAAUUCAAGAGCUUCCAGAGGAGGUUCGCGUCGUUGAAACCGUUACCGAAGACGGCAAGCCAAAGAAGAAGAAGAUCCGCACUCGCGUUAUCAAGAAGGUCAAGGGCGACAAGCAAGAAGUCACGAAAAUCGAAACCGUCGAGGAAGAUGACAAGCAACCCGAAACCACUGUUACAGUUGAAGAACUUCCGUUUGAAGAAGAAAAGCCAGAGGAAAUUCAAGAGCUUCCAGAAGAGGUUCGAGUGGUUGAAACCAUUACCGAAGACGGCAAGCCAAAGAAGAAGAAGAUCCGCACUCGCGUUAUCAAGAAGGUCAAGGGCGACAAACAAGAAGUCACAAAGAUCGAAACCGUCGAAGAAGAUGACAGGCAUCCCGAAACCACGGUAACAGUUGAAGAAGUACCGUUUGAGAAAGAAACGCCGGAAGAAAUUCAAGAGCUUCCAGAGGAGGUUCGCGUCGUUGAAACCGUUACCGAGGACGGCAAGCCAAAGAAGAAGAAGAUCCGCACUCGCGUUAUCAAGAAGGUCAAGGGCGACAAGCAAGAAGUCACGAAGAUUGAGAUCAUCGAGGAAGAUGACAAACAACCCGAAACCACUGUUACUGUUGAAGAACUUCCGUUUGAAGAAGUGAAGCCAGAGGAAAUUCAAGAGCUUCCAGAGGAGGUUCGCGUGGUUGAAACCAUUACCGAAGACGGCAAGCCAAAGAAGAAAAAGAUCCGCACUCGCGUUAUCAAGAAGGUCAAGGGCGACAAACAAGAAGUCACGAAGAUCGAAACCGUCGAGGAAGAGGACAAGCAACCCGAAACCACUGUUACAGUUGAAGAACUUCCGUUUGAAGAAGAAAAGCCACACAAAAUUCAAGAGCUUCCAGAGGAGGUUCGAGUGGUUGAAACCGUUACCGAAGACGGCAAGCCAAAGAAGAAGAAGAUCCACACUCGCGUUAUCAAGAAGGUCAAGGGUGACAAACAAGAAGUCACAAAGAUCGAAACCGUCGAGGAGGAUGAUAAGCAACCCGAAACCACUGUUACAGUUGAAGAACUUCCGUUUGAAGAAGAAAAGCCUGAGAAAAUUCAAGAGCUUCCAGAGGAUAUUCGAGUGGUUGAAACCGUUACCGAAGACGGCAAGCCAAAGAAGAAGAAGAUCCGUACUCGCGUUAUCAAGAAGGUCAAGGGUGACAAACAAGAAGUUACAAAAAUCGAAACCGUCGAGGAGGAUGAUAAGCAACCCGAAACCACUGUAACAGUUGAAGAACUUCCAUUUAAAGAAAAAAAGCCUGAGGAAGUUCAAGAGCUUCCAGAAGAGGUUCGAGUGGUUGAAACCAUUACCGAAGACGGCAAGCCAAAGAAGAAGAAGAUCCGUACUCGCGUUAUCAAGAAGGUCAAGGGCGACAAGCAAGAAGUCACGAAGAUCGAAACCGUCGAGGAAGAUGACAAGCAACCCGAAACCACGGUAACAGUUGAAGAAGUACCGUUUGAGAAAGAAACGCCGGAAGAAAUUCAAGAGCUUCCAGAGGAGGUUCAAGUGGUUGAAACCGUAACCGAAGACGGCAAGCCAAAGAAGAAGAAGAUCCGUACUCGCGUUAUCAAGAAGGUCAAGGGCGAAAAACAAGAAGUGACGAAGAUCGAAACCGUCGAGGAAGAUGACAAGCAACCCGAAACCACUGUUACAGUUGAAGAACUUCCGUUUGAAGAAGAGAGGCCAGAGGAAAUUCAAGAGCUUCCAGAGGAGGUUCGAGUGGUUGAAACCUUUACCGAAGACGGCAAGCCAAAGAAGAAGAAGAUCCGUACUCGCGUUAUCAAGAAGGUCAAGGGCGACAAGCAAGAAGUCACGAAGAUCGAAACCGUCGAGGAAGAUGACAAGCAACCCGAAACCACUGUUACUGUUGAAGAACUUCCGUUUGAAGAAGAAAAGCCAGAAAAAAUUCAAGAGCUUCCAGAGGAGGUUCGAGUGGUUGAAACCAUUACCGAAGACGGCAAGCCAAAGAAGAAGAAGAUCCGCACUCGCGUUAUCAAGAAGGUCAAGGGCGAGAAACAAGAAGUCACAAAGAUCGAAAUCGUUGAAGAAGAUGACAAGCAACCCGAAACCACUGUUACUGUUGAAGAACUUCCGUUUGAAGAAGAAAAGCCAGAGGAAAUUCAAGAGCUUCCAGAGGAGGUUCGAGUGGUUGAAACGGUUACCGAAGACGGCAAGCCUAAGAAGAAGAAGAUCCGUACUCGCGUUAUCAAGAAGGUCAAGGGCGACAAACAAGAAAUCACGAAGAUCGAAACCGUCGAGGAAGAUGACAAGCAUCCCGAAACCACUGUUACUGUUGAAGAACUUCCGUUUGAAGAAGAAAAGCCAGAGGAAAUUCAUGAGCUUCCAGAGGAGGUUCGAGUUGUUGAAACCAUUACCGAAGACGGAAAGCCAAAGAAGAAGAAGAUCCGUACUCGCGUUAUCAAAAAGGUUAAGGGCGACAAACAAGAAGUCACGAAAAUCGAAACGGUCGAGGAAGAUGACAAGCAACCCGAAACCACUGUUACUGUUGAAGAACUUCCGUUCGAAGAAGAGAAGCCAGAGGAAAUUCAAGAGCUUCCAGAGGAGGUUCGAGUUGUUGAAACCAUUACUGAAGACGGCAAGCCAAAGAAGAAGAAGAUCCGCACUCGCGUUAUCAAGAAGGUCAAGGGCGACAAACAAGAAGUCACGAAAAUCGAAACGGUCGAGGAAGAUGACAAGCAACCCGAAACCACUGUUACAGUUGAAGAACUUCCGUUUGAGAAAGAAACGCCGGAAGAAAUUCAAGAGCUUCCAGAGGAGGUUCAAGUGGUUGAAACAGUAACCAAAGACGGAAAGCCAAAGAAGAAGAAGAUCCGCACUCGCGUUAUCAAGAAGGUCAAGGGCGACAAGCAAGAAGUCACAAAGAUCGAGACCAUUGAGGAAGAUGACAAACAACCCGAAACCACUGUUACUGUUGAAGAACUUCCGUUUGAAGAAGAAAAGCCAGAGGAAAUUCAAGAGCUUCCAGAGGAGGUUCGAGUGGUUGAAACCAUUACCGAAGACGGCAAGCCAAAGAAGAAGAAGAUCCGCACUCGCGUUAUCAAGAAGGUCAAGGGCGACAAACAAGAAGUCACGAAAAUCGAAACGGUUGAGGAAGAUGACAAGCAACCCGAAACCACUGUUACAGUUGAAGAACUUCCGUUUGAGAAAGAAACACCGGAAGAAAUUCAAGAGCUUCCAGAGGAGGUUCAAGUGGUUGAAACAGUAACCGAAGACGGAAAGCCAAAGAAGAAGAAGAUCCGCACUCGCGUUAUCAAGAAGGUCAAGGGCGACAAGCAAGAAGUCACGAAAAUCGAAACCGUCGAGGAAGAUGACAAACAACCCGAAACCACUGUUACUGUUGAAGAACUUCCGUUUGAAGAAGAAAAGCCAGAGGAAAUUCAAGAGCUUCCAGAGGAGGUUCGAGUGGUUGAAACCAUUACCGAAGACGGCAAGCCAAAGAAGAAGAAGAUCCGCACUCGCGUUAUCAAGAAGGUCAAGGGCGACAAACAAGAAGUCACGAAAAUCGAAACGGUCGAGGAAGAUGACAAGCAACCCGAAACCACUGUUACAGUUGAAGAACUUCCGUUUGAGAAAGAAACGCCGGAAGAAAUUCAAGAGCUUCCAGAGGAGGUUCAAGUGGUUGAAACAGUAACCGAAGACGGAAAGCCAAAGAAGAAGAAGAUCCGCACUCGCGUUAUCAAGAAGGUCAAGGGCGACAAGCAAGAAGUCACAAAGAUCGAGACCAUCGAGGAAGAUGACAAACAACCCGAAACCACUGUUACUGUUGAAGAACUUCCGUUUGAAGAAGAAAAGCCAGAGGAAAUUCAAGAGCUUCCAGAGGAGGUUAGAGUGGUUGAAACCAUUACCGAAGACGGCAAGCCAAAGAAGAAGAAGAUCCGCACUCGCGUUAUCAAGAAGGUCAAGGGCGACAAACAAGAAGUCACGAAAAUCGAAACGGUCGAGGAAGAUGACAAGCAACCCGAAACCACUGUUACAGUUGAAGAACUUCCGUUUGAGAAAGAAACACCGGAAGAAAUUCAAGAGCUUCCAGAGGAGGUUCAAGUGGUUGAAACAGUAACCGAAGACGGAAAGCCAAAGAAGAAGAAGAUCCGCACUCGCGUUAUCAAGAAGGUCAAGGGCGACAAGCAAGAAGUCACGAAAAUCGAAACCGUCGAGGAAGAUGACAAACAACCCGAAACCACUGUUACUGUUGAAGAACUUCCGUUUGAAGAAGAAAAGCCAGAGGAAAUUCAAGAGCUUCCAGAGGAGGUUCGAGUGGUUGAAACCAUUACCGAAGACGGCAAGCCAAAGAAGAAGAAGAUCCGCACUCGCGUUAUCAAGAAGGUCAAGGGCGACAAACAAGAAGUCACGAAAAUCGAAACGGUCGAGGAAGAUGACAAGCAACCCGAAACCACUGUUACAGUUGAAGAACUUCCGUUUGAGAAAGAAACGCCGGAAGAAAUUCAAGAGCUUCCAGAGGAGGUUCAAGUGGUUGAAACAGUAACCGAAGACGGAAAGCCAAAGAAGAAGAAGAUCCGCACUCGCGUUAUCAAGAAGGUCAAGGGCGACAAGCAAGAAGUCACAAAGAUCGAGACCAUCGAGGAAGAUGACAAACAACCCGAAACCACUGUUACUGUUGAAGAACUGCCGUUUGAAGAAGAAAAGCCAGAAGAAAUUCAUGAGCUUCCAGAGGAGGUUCGAGUGGUUGAAACCAUUACCGAAGACGGCAAGCCAAAGAAGAAGAAGAUCCGCACUCGCGUUAUUAAGAAGGUCAAGGGUGACAAACAAGAAGUCACAAAGAUCGAAACCGUCGAGGAGGAUGAUAAACAACCCGAAACAACAGUCACUGUCGAAGAGACCGAUUUAAGUACUCCAAUUGUGGGCAAAGUUAAACUAAAGAAAAGAAUAAUCGUUAAAAAGCCAGAAGAUGAAGUAACGGUAUUUGAAUUGCCUGAGCGGAAAUCAGUGAUACUUUCAGAAAAAGAGGAUGGAACUGCAACAAAAAUGGUUAUUAAAACAAAAAUCAUCAAGAAGAUUCAAGGUUCGAACAUGGAAGUUACAAAGGUUCAAACUGUUGAGGAGUAUGAAAAAGCACCACAAACUAAAGUAACGGUUGAAAAUUUUGAUCUUCCAUUCCCAGAACUUCCAGAAGAAAAAAUUUCUGAAGUAGUAAUUUUGCCUGAUGAGGUGGUAGAGUCUAAAACUAUUGAUGAAAAAGGACUUCCAAAAAUAAUUAAAACCAAGAAGCGUGUCAUUAAAAAACCUCUAAUUGGAAAUAACGAAGAAGUUACUGAGAUAGGAAUUGUUGAACAAGACAAUACUGAGCCCAUCUAUUCAGUAUCCAUAAAAGAGCAGCCCUUAACGGAUUUGACGCCAAAUGACAGUAAAUUAAUUGAGCUGCCUGAACACCUGACAGAGUUGGUAGUUGUUACGCCUGAUGGGACGAAAAAGAAAAAGACCGUUAAGUCUAGAGCUUUCAAAAAGAACAUCGACCAUGAUCUUGAUGAAGUUACAACUGUGCAUAUAAUCGAGGAGGAAGAUAAAGAGCCACUGACUACUGUUAAAAUAGAAGUUGUGCCUGCUGACGAAAUAUCCAUCACACCCAUACCCAUAGAAGAGCUUCCUGAGGAAACUGUGUUCACCGAAGAAUUAGACGAGAAUGAGAAGCCAACAAAGAAAACUACCAAAACACGAACAUUUAAAAAGCGAGGUCCGGAGGACGACGAAUAUUUCCAAAUUCAAACGGUUGAUGAAGAGGGCAAGGAACCCGUCUCACUCAUACGAGUUGUUAGCGAUGAAAACAUUGCUGAUAUUAUCGAUAUUAGUAAGCUUGAAGAUGAAAAAGUUUCGAAACACAAACAAAAGCCACACAAGCAGAAGGUGGAGAAACCAAAGGCCGCUAACACACAAACGGAACACCCAGUAUACAUCACGACAUUUAAGUCUGUACAAAACGAAGAUGGAGAAACAACCAUACAAACUGAAAACAAACGAGUUUCACAGGAGGAAGGCAUCGUUGUUGAGGAAGUCCUCAGUGAUACAGAACUCAUUCCAGAAGACACAACACAAUCACACCUCGAAAUUAUUGAAGUCAGCGAGCCAACAGACCAAUACAACAAAGAAUACACAAUCACUGAACCUGAAGAGGCAAGUGCUGACGGCAUAAAAAAACCAGCUAAAGACAAAAAACCAAAACAGAAAAAGACACUAGAAACUCCUAUUGAGGAAGUUGACGAGACUAUUGUUGUUGAAGAAAGUAUAGGGGAACCGACUGACAAGACAGAUAAGAAACGAAAGUCGAAAAAGGUUGAGGGUAACGUUGGAGAGAUUAUUGCUGAUGAGAAACCAGUUGAAAAGAAGGAAAAACUAAAGAAAAAGAAAGUGGUGAAGUCAAAACGUGAUGAAAUGGAUGACUAUAUCCAAUUCCUAAUACACCAAGAAAUUCCAAAGACUGUACUUCAAGGUUACCAGCGUACGGAAAUGGAACUUCCACAAAGGGCUCGUCGUGACUCGUCUUUCAAACAGCCGGUUAAGCUUACACCUAUGAAAAUCGAAAAAGUAGAAUUUAAAAAGCCUAAAAUGGUUGAAAUAAGUUCUGUAGUUGAGUUUCCACAAAUGCUUAAGCUUAAAGCUCCGAAGCAACGACCUCAGGAAGAGAAAAAGAGAAAAAACGAAGCAUCUUUUAAGAACAAAAGAUUAAAGAGCUGGAUUAGGUUUAUACCAUAUGCACCAUAUUGCUUCCCCUAUGUUGUAACCGAAUUGGAAACUAAUCGCGAUGUGGGGGAACUUUCACGAAAUGUUGAAGAAGCCGAAAAGGUAUUGAAAUUGCGGCCGAGAAAAUUCAAGCCUUCUAAGCCCGAAAAAACGGAACUAGAAGAAGCCGACCUGGAGCCUUUUGACUCUGAAAAUUCAGAACCGUCUGAUAAAGAGCAACCAAGGCCGAAGUACAAACGUACUAAAAAGUUAAAAGACGAAGUUCCGGAAGAAACUAGAAAGCUUAAGCUUGGAAAGGGUAAAAUUCCACAAAAUGUUGAGGCUGUUGAGGAAAUUCGCUUGAAACCGGUUGAGCUAGGUAUAGCAGAGGAAGAAGUUGGCGAAAAGCCAGUUAAGAUGGUGGGAGAGGAAGUAAUCAAAAAGAAGAAGACCAAAAAAUCCGACAAGUCUGAAGAUGGACUUUACUUUGAGCCCAUUGACUUUAAGGAUGUUGAAAGUUCCUUUGAGUUUCCAGAAGAGUCCGAAACAUCCGCGACCGAGGAAACAUUCACACAGGGGAAGCCAAAAUACAAAAGGAAAAAGAAGCCGACUUCCAAACCAGAGAAAAACCAGUACGAAAUAGCUCCCGGAAAACCAAAGGAACAAGAAGAAAUCCCGGAGGAUGAGCUUAAACUGCACAAGCGCCAGGGUGAAAAGCCUGAUACUGAAGAGGAAAAGUUCAAGCUUAAACCAUUCUAUAAGUUCGAGGUGAUAGAGAUGGAGCCUGAAAACGUCCCGUCUGAAACGCUACCUACCACUGAAAAGCUUUCAAAGGAACCUAAGAAAAAGCGAAAGCUCAAGCUUAAGACGGAGCAAGAAGAUAACACCAUCGAAAUCGUAGAAAUAUCUCCUGAGGGUAACGAUGACAAAAUCUUUGAAGUAACAGUCACAAGCUCUGAAAUAGUUCAAGCUGACGAAAGGCCAAACAAAAUACUUAAGAAGAAGGUAAAGCGAAUGAACAAACAGGAACUGGAUGACUUUGUCACAGAGCUAAAGGAAGAACCGGAUCAAAAGUUCUAUGAAACUAGCAUGCAUGACUUCUAUGAAGUAAAGUUGACCGAGUUGCCGUCAGAAACGGAAAAACCUAAGAAGCGCCGGAUACGUCUUGAAAAAGGAGAUGAUGUGGAAGUUCUGGAAAUUGUCGAAUCGGCUGUUGCUCCCGGUGAAGAAACACUCUAUGAAAUCACUGUAACUUCAACCGAAACAAACGAAGAAGAAGAUGAAGCGAAGCCAGCUGAAAAACUUAAAAAGAAAUCCAGGAAAAUGAAGAAGGAUGAGCUUGAUGCCUAUAUUCAGCAAUUGAUAAACGCCGAGAUCCCAGUUACAGAGCUGGAAAAAUAUGAGAAAAUCGAUGUAGAUGGAAAGCCGAAAAAACCCAAGAAGCAAAAGGUCAAGCUUGAGAAGGCAAUUAUAGAUGAAGGCGAAACUCUUCAAAUUGGAGUCACAGAGCACGAGCCAAUCGAAAAACCUAAAUCAAAGAAACCAAAGUCAAAGAAAGCAAUUAAGGAAGAAGAAACAGUUGAAACCGAGACAAUUCCGGUAUUCGAUGAGUUUCUCAUCAAAAAAAUUGAUUCUGAGCGUAGCUCAGACGAACGCAUUAAACAAGCAGAUGAGAAAAUCUCUCUGGCUUUGGAUGACAUAUUAGUAGAUUUAAGUGAGUCUUUUCCCAUUGUGGUAGUCGAGGAAGAUCUUGAGUCAAUUCCACUGGCUCCUAAAAUAAUUUCUAUAACGGAUGAGAAAAUACUUAAGAAACGCACGGUCAAAACUAGAAAGGGUCCAAAGCAGUACGAAAUUGAAAUAAUUGAAACCGAUGCACAAAACGAGAAACCAGAAGAAGCAAAGGUUAUAGUUAUAACGACGGAAAUUUCUGAAGAUACAACCGACGGACCUGCGCUAGUUAAGCCGGAAGCACCAAAGAAAUCCGUCAAGAAGGUGAAGAAAGAUAAUCUUAAGCAGUACAUUGUCAACAUUAUCGAAGAAGCCCCAUUGGAACACAUCGUUGAAAUAUCUGAAGAUACUAAAUCAGCUUUAACCAGAGAAAGCCCAUUGGAAGAUAAAAAUACUUCCUUUACCACGACAAUAAUUGAGGAGGAAACAGUUAAGCCUUUCGUACCCGAAGAAACAAAGUCUGAAGAUGUUGCUAGUAUUCCUAAAGACAAGAAAAAGAAAACUGAUAAACAGAAAAGGAUAAAAAUAUCUGAAGUUGAACCUUCUCCGAGUUCGGAAGAUUCGAUACCCACAGAAUAUUCAGCAAAGCUCUUAGAACCUGAGGAAAUUCCGCAAGCGGAUGAUUAUUCGAUAGAGGUAAAAGAUAGUUUGCCAAAGGCUAAACAGAAAACGACAAAGAAACCCCAGAAGAAGUCUACCGCUGAGCCCAUAUCCGAAUAUACAAUUCGAGUAGAGGAGCUCGCUCCGGAAACUGCUACCGAAAAAAUAGUAAACGAAGAAGGUACGGAAGUUGAACGAGUCAUAUCCAAACGAAAAAUCAAAAAGAAGGAGGGACCAAAGGAAUAUCUUAUUGAAGUUGUUGAAACAUAUGAAGAGAAUAAACCCGAAGCAGAUAUUGUCAUCCAGACUACUGAAAUAACUCCAUCAAUUGACUCAACCCCUCAAGAGAACCACAAGGUGAAGAUUGUCAAAGAGAAGAAACCAAAAUCUGAAAGCUUGGACAAUUAUAUUCAAAAACUGAUAGAAGAGGAAAUUCCUAAAUUGGAUCUUGAAGAACAUGAAGCUAAUGUAUUAGAGACAUCUCCAGAGGCCAGAAAGCCCAAGAAAAUCAAGAAACAUCACAAAAAAUCGACCCAGAUUGUCGACGGCAUACCGAUUACUGUGCACGAGGUAAUAAUACGAGAAUUCGAGCCCGAUCAAGAAGACUUUGAGCCGCAAGAGGUCAUUGUGGAAGACUUUGAUCGUGAGGAUACAAAAGAAGCUCCCAAGGAUGUAACAACAAAGGUCUUAGAAGAAAAACCUAAGCCAAAAUCGAAAAAAUUGUUAAAGGCCAAGGUUGUGGAAGAGGAACUGCCGCAACCAGUUAUUAAGGACAUUUCGGAGGUUGUACAACUUGUACAAGUAACUGAAGAAGAUGGCACAGCAAAGCAGGUUGAAAUUAAGAAGAAAAAAAUUUCUUGCAAGCGAGGUCCGAAGGAACAAAUCUUUGAAAUCACCGAAAGAAAAACUAGUGAUGAGCCUUUGGCCGAAGUAACUAUUGUCGAGGUAACAGAAGAACAGCCUUUAGAAGAAUUCCAAGUACUGAAAAAGAACAAACCAAUUAAAAAACCAAAGAAAGUGAGACUUGAAGAUAUCAAAAACUAUGUCAUUAAUGUUCUAGAAGAGUUUUCUGAGCCCAAUCGAAUCGAAGAACUUGUGGAGGGCGACGACGACAGGACACAACCAUUUAUUGAAGACAUUUCUGAGGUUGUCAAAGUUGAAGAAGUUAUAAAAGAAGAUGGCACAACAAAGCGGGUUGAAAUUAAGAAAAAGAAGGUUUCCCGAAAAGAAGGUCCAAAGGAACAAAUCUUUGAAAUCACAGAGACAAAAACAAGUGAUGAACCAUUGGCUGAAGUAACUAUUGUCGAAGUUACAGAUGAGAAACCUAAAGAAGAGAUUAUUCUACCUAAGGAAAAGAAAACAAUAAAGAAGCCGAAAAAACUUAAGCCAGAAGAUGUCAAAAGCUAUGUAAUUAAUGUUCUAGAGGAGUAUAACGAGCCGCAAAGGUUUGAGGACACCGAGGAACCAGUCAUUGAAGAUGUUUCUGAGUCCGUGGAAACUCAAGUUACAGAAGAUAAUGGCGUUACCAAGCAGGUUGUGGUUAAGAAAAAGAAGGUUUCCCGCAAGCAAGGUUCCAAGGAACAAAUAUUUGAAAUCACUGAGACGAAAACUAGUGAUGAGCCAUUGGCUGAAGUAACUAUUGUCGAUGUUACAGAUGAUAAGCCUAAUGAAGUAACUCUUCUACCUAAGGAAAAGAAACCGAAAAAACUAAAGCCUGAAGACGUCGAAAGCUAUGUAAUUAAUGUUCUAGAGGAGUUUAAUGAGCCUAAGAGGUUUGAGAAGACCGAGGAACCAGUCAUUGAAGACAUUGCUGAGUCCGUGGAAAUUCAAGUUAUAGAAGAUGAUGGCGUUACCAAGCAAGUUGAGGUUAAAAAGAAGAAGGUUUCCCGCAAGCAAGGUCCCAAAGAACAAAUAUUUGAAAUCACCGAGACGAAAACCAGUGACGAGCCAUUGGCUGAAGUAACUAUAGUCGAGGUUACAGAUGAUAAGCCUAAAGAAGUAACUCUUCUACCUAAGGAAAAGAAAACAAUAAAGAAGCCGAAAAAACUAAAGCCUGAAGAGGUCGAAAGCUAUGUAAUUAAUGUUCUAGAGGAGUUUAAUGAGCCUAAGAGGUUUGAGAAGACCGAGGAACCAGUCAUUGAAGACAUUGCUGAGUCCGUGGAAAUUCAAGUUAUAGAAGAUGAUGGCGUUACCAAGCAAGUUGAGGUUAAAAAGAAGAAGGUUUCCCGCAAGCAAGGUCCCAAAGAACAAAUAUUUGAAAUCACCGAGACGAAAACUAGUGAUGAGCCAUUGGCUGAAGUAACUAUAGUCGAGGUUACAGAUGAUAAGCCUAAAGAAGUAACUCUUCUACCUAAGGAAAAGAAACCAAUAAAGAAACCGAAAAAACUAAAGCCUGAAGAGGUCGAAAGCUAUGUAAUUAAUGUUCUGGAGGAGUUUAAUGAGCCGCAGAGGCUUGAGAAGAUCGAGGAACCAGUCAUUAAGGAUAUUGCUGAGUCCGUGGAAAUUCAAGUAAUAGAAGAUGAUGGCGUUACCAAGCAAGUUGAGGUUAAGAAGAAGAAGGUUUCCCGUAAGCAAGGUCCCAAGGAACAAAUAUUUGAAAUCACCGAGACGAAAACUAGUGACGAGCCAUUGGCUGAAGUAACUAUAGUCGAGGUUACAGAUGAUGAGCAUAAAGAAGUAACUCUUCUACCUAAGGAAAAGAAACCAAUAAAGAAACCGAAAAAACUAAAGCCUGAAGAGGUCGAAAGCUAUGUAAUUAAUGUUCUGGAGGAGUUUAAUGAGCCGCAGAGGUUUGAGAAGAUCGAGGAACCGGUCAUUAGGGAUAUUGAUGAGUCCGUGGAAAUUCAAGUUAUAGAAGAUGAUGGCGUUACCAAGCAGGUUGAGGUUAAGAAGAAGAAGGUUUCCCGUAAGCAAGGUCCCAAGGAACAAAUAUUUGAAAUCACCGAGACGAAAACUAGUGACGAGCCAUUGGCUGAAGUAACUGUUGUCGAGGUUAUAGAUGAUAAUAUUGUUUUACCUAAGGAAAAGAAACUAUUAAAGAAACCGAAAAAACUAAAGCCUGAAGACGUUGAAAGCUAUGUUGUUAAUGUUCUAGAGGAGUUUAGCGAGCCUCAACAGUAUGAAGAGGUAGAGCCUACUGAGGAAGAACCAUACGAAACUAUAAUCAAAACCAAGAAGCCAAAGAAGCCGACCGAAAGACCUCUUGAAACGACUAUUUAUAUUGAAGAUGUAGCUCCUGAAACUGUUAUAGAGAAUGUGGUAAACGAAAAGGGCGAGGAAGUUAAACAAGUAAAAACAACCAAGAAACUUAAGAAAAAGGAAGGUCCAAAGGAGUAUCUCAUUGAAAUAACAGAAACCUAUCAAGAGAAUAAGCCUGAGGCCGAGAUCGAAUUCACUACAACAGAGUUACCUUUAGAGGACUCACCAGAUGUCAAAAAUGAUCAGCCAUUCAAAAUUAUUCAAAAGGUUAAGAAGAAGAAGCCAGUUAAGGACGAUCUUGAUAAAUACAUACAACAGUUAAUUGAACAGGAAAUCACAAAAACACCUCUAGAAGAAUAUGAACCAACAGAAAUGGAUUCAACGCCCAAACAGCCUAAGAAGAAGGUAAAGACUCAUCACAAAAAGACAAUUAAAGAUGUUGAUGGGUUACCAAUUACCAUUCACGAAUUCGAUGUUGAGGAAGUAUUACCCGAACCUGAGGAUACGGAUAAGGAAGAAGAAAUGUUGGAGGAAGUCGAGGAAGUACCACAACAGCCAGACGAUUCUUCAAAGUACCUUGUAAGCAUUUCCGAUGAAUUUGUGGAAGCUGAUAAGCCAAUCGAAAAAUCUCCUGAGAAGAAACAAAAACCAAUUAAAAAAGAAAAACCAUUAAAAAAUAAGUUGGUCGUUGAGUCUCCUGCUCCAUUGGAAGAAAUGGAUCGCACUGUUGAAGUCGUUACGCAACCCACUGAAGAGGGAACUGUAAAAAAAGUAACUGUCAAGAAACGAAAGGUAUCGCGAAGAAAGGGAUCUAAAGAGCACGUCUUCGAAAUUACGGAAACAACAAGUGAUGAUCAGCCUACGGCCGAAGUUACAGUAGUCGAGUUGACCAGCGAUGAUAUAUUAGUUUCCGAAGAAAAUCCAAAGCCGGAAAAAAAGAUUGUUAAAAAGCCAAAACAAUUAAAGAAAGACGAAAUUGAGGAAUACAUCAUUAAUAUUAUAGAUGAAUUCGUACAGCCGGUUGCAGUUGACGUAGUUGAAAGUGAAGUAGAAGAAGUGAAGAAGGAAACAACUAAGAAACCAAAGAAAUCUCAGAAAACUUACGCAGUCACUGAAGAGGAACACACAGAAAGCCAGGUGCCUAAAGUGGCUAAGGAAGAUUUCGAGCAACCGAUUGAGUCCGUUCCAGAGAAGCCAACAGAACCUGUUGAAUAUACAAUCGGUAUAGAAGAAAAAACUGUGGCUGACGAAAAGCUACAACCCAAGCCAAAAAAGCUAACCAGGCCCAAGACCGUUAAGCAGCCUGCAGUGGAAGAAAGCCAUGACUAUAUUGUAAGGGUGAAUUUUGAAGAAAACCUAGAUGAAGAGCCAAUCCCUGAACAUGAAGCAGUCGUGAUUGAAGCUGAAGAAGAUAAACCAACUGAGCAACCAGCUUUCCAAGUAGACGAAAUUGAAACCGAGGCAGUAGAAAAGGAAGUAAUCGAUGAUAAGGGCGAAGCGGCAAAGCAAACUGUUACCAGACGUAAAAUAAAAAAACAGGUUGGCAACAAGCAAGAAAUAAUCGAAAUCGUGGAAACUAAGACGGGAGAUACUCCAGAGUAUGAAGUCAUUGUCACGACUGAAGAGCCAGAAACAAUUAACGAAGAAGUUCCACAGGAGGAAAAACAAAAGAAAAUUCGUAAAGCCAAAAAGGUUCCGAAAGACGAUCUUCAUGACUAUAUUCAGAAACUUAUUGAGCAGGAUAUACCAAAAACCGAACUGGAAAAAUAUGAAAAGAUCGACUUGGACGAGCCAGUCAAAAUGAAGAAGAAACCUAUCAAAAAGUUUAAGCAUUCUGAGGAAAAGCCAACAGAAGGCGCUGAACAGCCGGUUGAGGAUAAGCCUGUUGAGGAGAUUUCGGAAAUUCAUAAAGUUGAAAAGGACGAGCCGAAGCUCACGGUUACUUUAACGGAAUUUCUUCCGGAAAAGCCAGCAGAAACGCCUUUUGAAAUAGUGGUCCUUGAAGAAACGGUAGAAACCAAGCAGGUGCCAGAUGAUGAGGGAAUAGUAAGGGAAAAGGUGGUUAAAACUAAAAAGAUAAAGCAGAAGAUGGGUCCUGAAGAAAUAGUUCACGACAUAGUCGAGGUAACUGAUAAGGAUACAAACGAAUCUGAAGUAACAGUCACAACCACCACUCCAAAGGAGACUUCUGAUCGAGAAGAGCCUUUAGUAAAACAUAAACGGACCAAGAAGGUUAAGAAAGACGAAGUCGAAGACUUUAUUAUGGCAGUUAUUGAGGAUGAGACACCUAAGACGAAUGAACCCGAAGACGUAGUUGCCGUUAUAGAUGAGUCCAGUCUUAAACCAACUUCGGAGAAGACAAGGAAAAAGCCAAAGAAAGAAAAACAACCUUUAGUUGAGGCUACUGUGCCUGAAGACAAUGCAGUUUCCGUCAUCGAGAAUAUUUCGGAGGAUUCUCCAGUUAGUGACGAUCUUAUAACUGUGGUGGAAUCAGUUCCACUCGUAGAAGAGCCUGAACUGAAAAUAAAUCAGGUUGAGGAAACUAAGAAACCAGAAAAGAAAAGAAAGCCAAAGUCAUCAGUUUUAAUUCAAGAGGACCAACCGGUAGUUGAAACUGAAGAACAGCCUUCAAAGGUUACACAGAAGGAAUCUGACACUGAAAAACCAGAUGCUCGCGAAUUUAGUGUUUCAAUCAAAGAGGAAGAACUUACAGAGCCCAAACCUGAAAGCAAGAAGGCUCCUAAAAAAGUAUCAGAAAAACCAGACCAUCCCUCUGAGAAAAAUUUCAAAAUUUCGGUUAACGAAAGUGUUUUGGAACCUGAAGAAGAAAAGCCUUUUACAAUUCAGGUAAUUGAAAGCGAAACAAAGGUUGAAGAAACCAAAGAUGACACUGGUGAAACUCAUAAGCAGGUUACCACCAAGCGAAAGUUGAAACGACCUGACGGUGAAGGUGAAAUAGAGAUUAUUGAAGUUCUUAGAGACGAUCAGCCUGAGGCGGAAAUAACCAUUGUAGAGUAUGAACCAGAACCUGAAAAGCAAGACGAAAGACCCAGGGAACCCAAAAAGAAAACGAAAAAGGUCAAGAAGGAUGACCUUCAUGACUACAUACAAAAGUUAAUUGAAAUGGAAACGCCCAAGACCGAGCUUGAAAAGUAUGAGAAAAUAGAAUUUGAGCCGACUGUCAAGGACAAACCAGUAGAUGACUUGAUUGAUAUAGUUGAAAGAACUCCUUCUGAAAAGCCGAAAAAAGAAAAGAAGAGCAAAUCCAAAGAAGUUCCAAAGGAGGAAAGUCCCGUUCCAGAGCAGUUGGUUGAAGUCAAAGUGGUCGAAGAGGAAGCUCCUGAGCAACCUCAAAUACCAGUUGAAAUUGUAGAAGUUCAACAAGUUGAGGUACAUGUUCAAGAGGUUGUUACUGAAGAAGGCAAGCCGGUUCAGGAAAAAACUACCAAGCGAGUUUUGAAGAAGAAGGGACCUGAAGAAGAAACCACGUUCAAGAUUACAACAAUUGAAAGCGAGGAUAACGACUCAGUGACGGUUAUCGUUGAUGAGGAACCAGAAAUAGCGCCCGUACAGUCCAUCGAAGAGCAGCCACAGCAGGCUGAUGAAAAACCGAAGUCAAAAUCCAAGAAAACAGUAAAGAAGAUUAAGAAGGACGACUUAGACGAUUAUGUAAAGAAACUAAUUGAAGAGGAAAUACCCAAGGUAGCGCUUGAGAAGUAUGAAAAGGUAGAAAUGCCAGAGAAAUCUGGUAAAAUAGCUCCUUCUGAAAGUAUUCCAGAAGAGACAAAAUCUGAGACAACCGAGCCAACAACAAAUGUCACCGACUUAACCAAACCCAAGAAAUCUAAGACUCAUAAACCAAAGACAGAAGCCGUAGACCAAACAGAACCUGACGUACCGACAGAGACUAUUUUAGACAUCACUGACACAGCAGAAAUCACACCAACCCAAUUUGCACAACCCGAGGACACAGCCACUGCACAAAUUACACCAAGCGCACAAGAAGAGAAACCUACUCAAGAUGACACUAAAGAUACAAUUCAGAAAACAGUUAAACAUAAGAAAACAAAACCAGACACACAAAAAAGCGUUGAAACAAGUGAACUACCAGAGGUUCAGAAAGACUAUGAAAUAAACAUUAUUCAUGAAGAGCCCAUCGAGGAAGAUCAACCCCAAAAGAUUUUAGAGGUUCGAGUUAUCGAUGAAGUCGCAGAGGUCGAAGAAUCACAGCCCAUUGUGGAAGAGGUUGAAGAGGAGGAAGAACAGCCCGCUACAGAAGGAACUGUUGAGGACGUUACCAAGCCUAAGACUAAAAAGAAGAAGAUUGUCAAAAAGAAGACGGAUGACCAUGACGAACUCAUCAAAAAGAUGUUGGAGCAGGAAAUUGAGAAGACGGAAUUGGAGAAAUACGAGAAAAUUGAAUUCGAUGUUCCCAAGAAACUCAAACCGGAAUUCGCCACUCUUGAGCCAAUAAAAAUCGAGCGCAAGGAACAAAAGCCGACAAAGGUAACAAUUGUCGAGGCUGCUGAUGUCCCCAAAACCGUUAAGCUUAAGCCCGGUAAACGUAAGGAGAAACCAGCCGAGGAGCAGACUGUUCAACUGCCCAAGUUCAGACUCAAGGCCCGUAUGGCCAUGGUUGAAUACCCUCCGGCUCCGCAAAUUCCGAAGAUAACUGAUAUUGGAGCCAUUAAAGAUAACGGUGAACUAUCUCGUAAUAUUGAAGAGGCUGAAGAAGUCCUAAAGUUCAAGCCGCGUAAGACUAAGAAAAUAAAGAAAAUCAAGGAUGAUUUAGAAAAGGUGGAACUUGAAAAGUAUGAAAAAUACGUCAGUAGUGAAGAAGAACCGGAGGAAAAGGCGCCUUAUAAGAAACCUGAAAAGGCACCAAAGCCAGAGGAAAAACAAGAGGAAGUAAAGCUCAAACUGGGCAAGGGUAAGAAAAAACCAAAGGAGGAAGACGAGCCCGAAACUGUUACUCUCAAAAAGAUUCCGGAAAAGCCACAAGAACUCGAAGAAGAAGUUGCUCUGAAACCUAAACCAAAGGAGGUGGUUGUUGUUGAAGAACAACCAAAGGAACCCAAGGAAGGAGAGUUUGUUGUAGAGCCAUUCGAGCCAUCUGAAUUCGAUAGUCCUGAAUAUGUGCCCGAGGAGCUAGAGCGAAUUGAACAUCCAGAGAAGCCCGAUAAACCCAAAAAGCCAACUAAGACAAAAUACAAACCUAAAGAUAAGUCAAAGCCCGAACCGGAAACAAUUAUUUCGGAGAUCGUUCCAGGAGUACCAAAGGAGGAAGAGGAAAUACCCGAAAUGGAAGUAAAGUUCCGCAAGCCCCAGGGAGAUGCUCCAGAAGAGACUGACUCAAAAAUAAAGCUAAGUCCCGUCCCUCAGACUCCUAAGGCCGAAGAACCCAUCCAGCAAGCACUCGUUAAGCCAAAGGAAGAGGAACCCAAGCCUGAAGAAAUUCCAGAGAAAUCAGAGGAUGAGGAAAAGAAGCCAAAGAAAUCAAAGCCUAAAAAGGUGCAACCAAAGGAGGAAGACAUUUCUGUGCAGAAGCCAGAAGAGUUCGAGGUUUUGGUGAAAGAAGAGGAAGCUCCAGUGGAGAAAGUCGUCGAAACCGAAAAGCCAAAGGAAGUGAAGGUGAAACAGAAGAAGCCUAAGGAAACACCUGUUUCGGAAGUCGUCGUCUCUGAAGAAGUGCCGGAACCUAAAGAAGUGCCCGAGGAGAUACCAGUGGAGUACAAGAUAACAACCACAGUUUUGGAGCCAGAGGAGGCACCAAAGGAGCAUCAAGUCCGAGUCAUUGAUUUCGAUGAGCGUCGAGAAACUACCGAAGAAGUAAUUGAAGAAAAGGUGGUGACGCGCAAGAAGAAACCUAAGCCACAGCAGCCGGAAGAGUUUGAAGUCACUUUGAAGGAGCCGAAGGAAGUAGAAGUAGAGCCCGAAGAAGUUUCUGCUGAAAUCUCGCUGCCAGCUGAGCAACCUGAACAGAAGCCAGAAGAGUUUGAGGUUGAACUUAAACUGACUGAGUCUACCCCGGAAGAGCCGGUUGAACAGAAAGUCUUAGUCAAAGAAAAGAGCAAGAAGAAACCUGUAAAAGAAGUGAAGGAGGAUAAGAUUGUAGUCGUGGAAGAAGAAGAAAAAGCCCAACCAGUUGAGGAGGCAGUUGUGGAGGUCGAGAAACAGGAAGAAAAGAAGAAGAUGAAGAAGCCGAAGUCCUAUGAGUUCAAGAUCACUGAAACCGAAGCUGUUGAAGAGAAGCCAGCCGAAAAUGUAGAGGAAACUCUUGAAGAAAUACCGGAGGUCGUAGAGGAAAAGAUUGUCGAGAAGUUUGAUUCUUAUGAAAUCACUCUUAAGGAAACUGAAGCAGAAAAGGUGGUGCCAGUCGAAGAACAGCUCGAGGAAGAAGCUCCUGAAGAGAUUGUUUUCAAGAAAAAGCCCAAGGAACCUGAAACAGUUGAGGCCGAGUUUGUAAUAACUGAACCAAAGGUCACAGAAGAAACGACUGUGGAAACUGCAAUCAAACAGAAGAAGACCAAAAAGCCGAAGAAAACCGAAGAAGAAGCUCAGUUAGAAAUUAAGGUUGUCGAAUCCGAAGCCCCUGUUCCCGAAGAAGUGUUGAUUGAAGCUCCUAAGAGUGAUAUUGUAAAGCAGGAAGAAGUUGUUGUGGAAGAAAAGCAAGAGGAGUUCAAAAUUCGAAUUUCGGAAACUGGAGCUAAGCCCGAAGAACCAAGUGAGGCACAGUUUACUGUUAAGAAACGCAAGCCUUCUGUUACUUUCGCCGACGAGCCCGCAACUGAAAUCAUUCUUAAGGAAAGCAAGCCCAUUGAAGAAGUUACUGAGGAAGCUCAAAUCAAGACCAAGAAGCCAAAGAAGAAGGUCAAGGAAGUGGAAGCUGAGGAAUUAAGGAUUCAGAUAACCGAGGAGAUUCCGCAAGAAGUUCCCAUAGUUGAGGAAAUCGAGGAGGAAGAGGUGAUCACAAAAGUCAAGGAAGAAGUACCGUUGGUUCAAGAGAAGACUUAUACAAUUGGCAUCAAAGAAACGGAGCCAGAGAAACCUGCAGAAGUGAUUGUCGAAAAAGAGCCGGUGGUAACUGAACCAAUUGUGGCAGAGCCGCAACCAGAAAUCUUCGAAGAACAUAAGGUUAGAGUCAUUGAGGAAACUCCCCGUGAACUGGUUGAGGAAGUCAUCGAAGAGGAGGUCAAGGUUAUUCGCAAGAAGAAGCCAAAGCCAACAAUUAAGGAGGAACCCGAGGCGGAAGUUACUGUCUCUGCUCCCAAGCCUGUUGAUGAAGUGGAAGCUACGACCAGUAUUGCCGUUGUUCCAGAACAACCGACCGAGGAGGAGGCCGCUGAUCUCAAGAUCACAAUCAUUGAAGAAGUGGCACCACCACAAGAACUUGUCCAAGAGAUUGAAGAAAUUGAAGUCGUCGAGGAACCAAAGGUCCCAGAAGAAAAACCUGAGGACUUCAGUUUUGCCAUAAAGGAGACAGAAAAGGAAACCACUGUAGAAGAGCUGCCGGAAGAACAGGUCACGAUCCAAAAAAAAAAGAAGGCACCAGUAGCCGAGGUAAUCGAAGAGCCUGAAGCUGAGUUCUUAGUUAAGCCGAAGCAGCCAGUACAAGAAGUUACCGAGGAAGCCAAGAUCAAGAAGAAGUCUAAAAAACCUUUAAAGGAAGAAGAGGCAGCUGCAGAACUUAAGGUAACUAUCACCGAGGAAGUUCCGGCAGAGACAGAAGUUCAUGAAAUCAUUGAGGAAGUUGAAGAAGUCGUGGAAGAAAUUCCCACUGAGUAUAAGAUUGGCGUUAAGGAAACUCAGCCGGAAGUUGUAGAGGAAGAAGAAGUCAUCUUACCGAAAAAGAAACCGAAGGCUGUUCCCGUUGUUGAAGAACCCGAAGCCGAAGUAACUCUGAAACCAAAGCUAAAGGUCGAAGAAGUUCAGGAAGAAGCUAAGAUUGUUAAGAAGAAGCCAAAGAAGCCUGUCGAAGAGGUAGCAGCUGAGGAGCUUACGGUCAAGGUUGAGGAAGAAAUUAUCCCUGAGCCAAUCGUGGAAGAAGAGGUGAUCGAAGAAGUCCAGAUCAAAAAGAAACCAGAAAAGCCUGAGCCAGAGGACAUUGUCGAUGCAGCGGUUGUGAAACUAAGGAAACCAGAGCCAGCAGAGGCAGAGGAAGUGGUGGCUGAAGUCACCCUGAAACCCAAGGCCCCCAAGGAGGUUACCGUAGAGGAAUUCUCUGUUGAUGUUAAGCUGCCGGUAGAGAAAAAGGUUACUGAGGAAACUUCUGACCAAACUGUACAGCUCAAGAAGAAGAAGAAGCCACAGAAACCAGUGGAGGAGGCUGCGGAUGAGCUAAAGCUCCAGCAAACUGUUGUCGAAGAAAGGCCCGUGGAAAUUGAAGAAGAAGAGAUCGUUGAAGAAGCUGUUGUUAUUCGCAAGAAGCCAAAGAAGCCAUUCGAGCCAUCGGUUGAAGAUCUCGAAGAAACUGAGUUCAGUCUUUCCUUCAAAAAGCCCCACACUAUUAACGAGGGCGUGGAGGAGGCUGCAACAGUGCUGAAAAAACGACCAGUCAAGCCCACCACUCUCGAUGAAGCUGCGGCUGAGCUUUCCAUUAAGCGUCAAGAAGAAGAAUACGAAGAGGGCGAUGAUGUCGAAGAGUUCGUCGUCAGUCAGCCAAGAAAGCCAAAGCCUUUGCAGAUCACAGAAGAAGAUGAGGAGGCCUAUACGGUGAAGAAACUUAAGCGUCGCAAGCAAGUAGACAUUCCCGAAUACGCUGAUGUUGAAAACGUCACAUUCCGUGCCAGAAGUACCAAGACCAAGGAAGAUGUCGAUCAGGAGUUCAACAUUGCCCUGGACUCUUAUGCCGAGGAGGAGAUUUCUAUGUCUGGAAAGAUUAAGCUUAAAAAGCCGAUAAAGAAGACCUUCUCUGAAGCAGCCGACGAGGCCAAGAUCAGGAUCAUUCAGGACUACGACGACGGUGAGGAGCCCAUCAUCGAAGAAAUUCGAGACGAUGAGGAUACUAUCGAUGAAGUCGAGGAACCAGAAGAAUACUUUGUUGAGGAAUUACCACCAGACGAAGUGGACUUUAAGUUGAAGCCAAGGAAGCAGCCAAAGCCAGCCUAUUCCGUUCAAGAUGAGGAGGAAGAACAGUUCCUAAUUGGCAUUCGUCAUCCGAAACGCGAUUCGGUGACCUACGAUGAGGAUUCUCUAACCUUUAAGAAGAAACGUAAAGUUGUUCAACAACUUUUCAAUGAAGAUGGAGCUUCGCUUAAUAUAACCAGAGAAAUGAAUGUUGAAGAAUCCGACAAUCAAAAUGUUAUGUAUUCCAUCUGCAAUUAUAUUGCCGACAACGAUGAGGCUAUUAACCUAGUAGAGGGUGAGAAGGUAACAGUCGUUGGACGACACAGCUCUGAGUGGUGGUAUGUCAAGAAGAGCAUUACGGAAGAGGAAGGCUGGGUUCCAGCUCAAUAUCUGAUGGAGCCCGAAGAAUACGCGCAGUAUGUGCAAAACAAAUUGCAUGAGAAAAUUGAUAAGCUGCCUGUGUUUGAACGUCCUGGACCGGAAGACAAGCCCAUUGCCCCGAGAUUCAUUGAGAAACUGCAGCCGAUUCAUACACCCGAUGGCUACACGGUGCAAUUCGAGUGCAAGGUCGAGGGAAAUCCACGUCCACAGAUUGCCUGGUUCCGCGAAACUGCCAUUAUCAAACCCUCACAGGACUUCCAAAUGUUCUACGAUGACGAUAAUGUGGCUACUCUGAUUAUUCGCGAGGUGUUCCCCGAGGAUGCUGGCCAGUUCACAGUUGUAGCCAAGAAUGCAGCUGGAUUUACUUCUAGCACAACGGAACUGAUUGUAGAGAGUCCACUUUCGGAUCACGGAUCCGAUGCCACAGCCCUCUCACGUCGCAGCAUGUCACGUGAAUCCUCGCUGGCUGACAUUUUGGAGGGCAUUCCACCAACCUUCUCCAAGAAACCAAAGGCUCAGUAUGUCGACGAGAACACGAAUGUGAUCCUUGAGUGCCGACUGGUGGCCGUGCCAGAACCGGACAUUGUCUGGACUUUCAAUGGUGAAGACAUUGACGAGGAGGAGAUUAAGAACGUUCGCAUCGUUACCGAAUCGGACAUGCACAUGUACUGCAGUGUGGUGCACAUCACCAAGGUGAAGAAGUCGCAGGAGGGAACCUAUGAGGUGAUUGCCACCAAUCGCGAGGGCGAGGCACGUCUGCCCAUCACCCUGAAGGUACGAACCACUGACAAGGAGGCUCCGCAGAUCCUGGAACCCUUGCGCAACAUGGUCAUACGUGAGGGCGAGAGUGUGGUAUUGUCCACCCAGAUAGUGGGCAACCCACCACCAAAGGUAACCUGGUACAAGGAUGGCAAGCCUGUUAAGAAUGCCAAGUCUGAUAAGGAUUUGCAUACCCUAACACUGAUCACACCCAAAAAGUCUGAGAAGGGUGAAUACACGGUCAAGGCUGUUAAUCCAAUGGGUAGCGUAGAGACCACUGCUAAUCUAACAAUUGAAGAGCCCACAAGUGGCAAUGCUGAACCACCACUCUUCGUGGAACGUUUUGAGGAGCAGAAUGUGCCGCAGAAGGGCGAAAUUCACUUGCCAGCCAAGGUUUCCGGCAAUCCUGUGCCCGAGGUCCAAUGGCUGUUCAACAACAGUCCAUUGUUCCCCAGCGAGCGCAUCCAGCAGAUUUACGAUGGCGAGAACAUCGAGCUCAUCAUCAAGGAUGCCAACCCAGAAACCGAUUCGGGUGACUACAAGUGUAUUGCCAGUAAUCCUAUAGGCAAAACAUCUCAUGGUGCCCGAGUGAUUGUCGAGGUCGAUGAAGUGACCUUCACUAAGAAACUGAAGAAGUCCAUAACCAUUGAGGAGGUACAAUCUCUUACUCUGGAGUGCGAGACCUCUCAUGUGGUAACCACCAAGUGGUUCUUCAACGGAAAGGAACUCAGUGGCAUGGAUCACCGUGUUGUGGUUGAGGAUGGCAAGACUCAUAAGUUGGUCAUCAGGAACACUAACCUACGUGACUCCGGAACCUACACAUGCAAGGUCAAAAAGCAAGAAACUCAAUCUACUGUUGAGGUUCUGCAGCGUAAGCCCGACUUUAUCAAGGUGCUUGAGGACUACGAGGUAACCGAAAAGGAUACCGCCAUUUUGGAUGUGGAACUGACAACAGAGAGCACCGAAGUUACCUGGUACAAGGACGGCGAGAAGAUCACGCCAGAGAACAAGAAUGUCGAGUUCAUAAAGGAUGGCAAGGCACGUCGCCUGGUCAUCCGCGAUACCACUAUCCACGAUGAGGGCCAGUACACUUGCAAGAUUGAGGGACAGGAGUGCAGUUGUGAGCUGGUUGUCAUCGAGCUACCGCCCGAGAUUGUCGAGCCGCUGAAGGAUGUCUCGGUGACCAAGGGUGAGAAUGCCAUAUUCGAGGUGGAGCUCAGCAAGGGCGAUGCCCUGGUCAAAUGGUUCAAGAACGGCAAGGAGAUUGUGUUUAAUGAGCGCAUUCAGUUGGCCAUCGAUGGCAAGAAACAAUCGCUCCGCAUUGUCAAGGCCAAGCCCGAAGAUGUGGGCGAAUAUUCCAUUCAGGUGGGCGACAAGACUUCGAAGGGCAAGCUGACAGUAGAGGAGCCCCUGGUGGACUUUGUCAUCCGCCUGCCGGAUGUUACGCUGGCCACCAAGACCAUGGAUGCCGAGUUUACGGUGCAGCUGUCCCAGCCCGAUGUUGAGGUGACCUGGUGCAAGAAGGGCAAACCCAUCAAGCCCAACAAGAAGCACGAGGUCUUCGUGGAGGGUACCGUCCGACGACUUGUCAUCCACGAUGCCAACGACGAGGAUGCUGGUGAGAUCAGCUGCGUGGCCGAGAACGUCACGAGCAGCACUAAGCUGUGCGUCGAGGAGCUCAAACUGCCACCCGUCAUUACCUCUGACAAGGAUCAGACCAUCAAGGUUAAGGAGAACGACGAUGCCACCUUCACUGUCAAGUACACGGGCGUACCAACGCCCGAGGCCGUUUGGACCACGCGCAAGGUUGUCAUACCCAAGUCAAAGCGGACAAUCCCGGCCAUCGAUGAGCAGUCGGCCACGCUAACCAUCAAGAAGGUUGUCGACGAUGACGAGGGCGAGUACACCGUCAAGCUCGUCAAUCCGGUGGGCGAGGCGGAGGCCAGCCUACAUCUGGUCAUUAUGCGCAAGCCAACGGCACCUGGAACACCCCAGCCCCUGGAAAUAAUGCACGACUCCAUUACGCUCUUCUGGAAGGCGCCGGAGGACGAUGGCAAGUCGGAAAUUAUCGAGUACAUUCUGGAGUAUCACGAUGUUAAGGAAGAAAAAUGGACUGAAAUUAGAAAGAUCAAGGACACCACGUACACCAUAAGCAAGCUGAAGAUCGACACGGAGUACGUAUUCCGGUCGAUCGCCGUGAACGAGGUGGGACCAUCGCCCCCCUCGCCGCUGUCGCCACCCAUCCGCCUGGUUCCCAAGGUCGAGAACGAGGCGCCCAGCGUGCGGGAACCCCUGCAGGAUGUGGUCAGCGAACUGGACAAGGAGGUGACGCUGUCCUGCGUGUUCGGCGGCAUUCCAGAGCCCAAGGUGACGUGGAAGAGGAACGGCCAGGUGUUCGAGUCGAGCAGCAUUCGCUACGAGAACCGUGUGGCAAAGUACACCAUUGAAAAGACAACCAUUGAGACUGAAGCCACCUACACUUGCGUGGCGACCAAUGAGAAGGGCUCCGUUGAGACCUCGUGCCGCCUGAAACUGCAGCAGAAACCGGUCCUCGAGGUGGAGGACAGGUAUCUGACACAGAAACUGCGCACGGGCAGCACUCUCACCAUUCCAGCGACGGUCCGCGGCUAUCCACAACCCACUGUGACCUGGCACAAGGAGACGGUCGAGCAGAAGACCACCAAGACGGUCUCCAUCGAGACCACAGAGAUUACCUCCACCUACACGGUUAAGAAGGUGACCCGCGAGCACUCCGGCAAGUACAAGGUUACGGCCACCAACGAAUCCGGCUCUACGUAUGUGGAGUGCACGGUUCAGGUGAUCGACAAGCCCAGCAGACCUCAGUCCCUGGAGAUCAAGGACAUCAAGAAGGACUCGAUCACCUUGGAAUGGACACCGCCCAUCGAUGAUGGCGGUCUGGAGAUUGACAAGUAUACGUUGGAGAAGUGCGACAUCCAAAACAACGUGUGGAUGAAGGUCUCCGACUUUGACAAAGACAUUAAAUCGUAUGCCGUUCAGAAACUAUCCAUGAAUGCGCAAUACAUGUUCCGAGUGGUGGCCGCCAAUCCAAUUGGCGAAUCCGAGCCUACGGAAAGUGAUCCUGUGACUAUAACUAAGAAGUUCGAAAAACCAUCGCCACCACGUGGUCCAACCACUGUGUCGGGCAUGAACGACACCGUCUUCAACUUGGCUUGGGAGCCAUCGGAAACUGAUGGUGGCUCAAAGAUCGUAGAGUACAUUGUGGAGAUAAGGGAAGAGACUGAAACCACCUACAGAAAGGUGGGCGUAACCCUGGGCACUGUCACCAAUAUCCAUGUGGAGAAGGUGCUCAAAAACAAGGGCUAUCUGUUCCGCAUCUAUGCGAGAAACGAGGUUGGCACCAGCGAGGCGUACGAGACCACGGAAAAGAUUGUCGUGGGACGCAAGAUUACUAAUGAUAAUGAAGAUCAAGCGCCGCCAUCGCCACCUCAGAACUUGAGGGCGCCGGAUGUUACCAGCCGAAGUGUCACUUUGGAUUGGGAGGUGCCAGCCCGCAAUGGUGGAUCCGAAAUUACUGGCUACUGCGUGGAGAAACGUUCCUCAACAUCUACCACCUGGACAAAGGUCAUCACACUGGAUGCCCACCAGCUGCACUACACGAUUGACAAUCUGAAGGAGAAGUGCGAGUACUGGUUCCGUGUGUCUGCGGAGAAUGAGGUUGGACUAGGUGCACCAGCCGUCACCGAGAGCAUAUCGCUCAAGACACAUGCUACCGUACCCUCACCACCGACCGCUCCACUGGAGGCGCGCGUUCUCGCCGCCAAUGCCCACAUAUUCGAAUGGGGUAUACCCGAGUCAGAUGGAGGUGCGCCUCUGCUCGGCUACCACAUUGCUAUACGUGACAUGAAGAAGACCAUGUGGAUCGAGGUGGGUCGUGUGCCAGCUGGCGUGCAGAAGUUCCAGAUUAGAGAUCUGCAGGAGAACCACGAGUACAUGAUUCGCAUAUUCGCGAAGAACGAGAUUGGUCUGAGUGAACCUCUGGAAUCGGAGGAGCCCUACAAGGUCAUGACUGCUGGUCAUGAGAGCCUGCCGGAUGAGCCGCGCACGGAGAUGAGUUCGUGCAACACCUCCUCGUGGCUGCGGGACCACAACAUGGAUGCGGACAUCCAUUCGUAUGCCCGCGGCAGGCUGCUCCAACGCGACGAGUACUUCUUCCGGCUGUGGGCGGAAAUGCCCAAGAGCAAAAAGAAGAAGAGCUCCAAAUAGUCGGUGAACGACAACGAAACAAGAAACACUUUAGUCGUAGGUUAAGCGUAUUUCAAUUGUAUUUUAUAUACGACAAAACACUGGGGCAACCCUUUGAUUUUCUAGCUUUUUGUACUUUUAGACAGGAGAUGACGAUAUGUAAGGAUGGUGUGGUGUUAAUGUUGCAUCCCAUUGUCAGCGAUGCCCACGACCCCCGAUCCAAGAGUGCGAGCGAAGACAAACUUAAUGCUCGGGGGCGUGGGCGUGGCUCAAUGUCCAGGAUGGCCACCACACCAUCCAAUUAAUGGACAUAAUUUUAGAUUUUUCAUUUGCAUAGAGUUCCUUUUUUAUUGUUUUACUUUUCGCCUUAUUUUUGUAAGCUGUGAUAAAUCUAUCAAAAUCGAAAGCGUCAAACGAAGCAAACAAAAAAUGAAACAGAAUAAAAAUGCCACCAGACGGCGAUCCAUCGGCAUCGGGCAAUGGGAGCCAACGAGCCGCAGCCCUCCACCCAAUCCCAAUCCCAAUCCCAAUCCCAGCCAGCGUAACUCAAUAUCCUCUCGGGAGACAAAACAACAAAUGGUGCAAUUCGAUAUGAGUUAUUUCUGGGGAGUGUGUUGCGAGUCGCUGGCUGCCGUUGCCUUUGUCCUGAGCUCGCCCUGGUUGAAAUUUAUGGCAUAGGAAUGUGAGGGAGAAUAUACUCGUGUGUCUUUAAAGUUACCAGAACUAAAUAAAUAAAUAUAAUAAAAUGUAA